AUGGAUACAGCUACAAAGCCGCCACCGGGUUUGCUUCAGGGAAAAUUUAUUUUUAAGAAGCUUCCCAAUGGAAACUACGACAAAACUAAGGUUGUUUGCACCUUGUGCAAAGUGGAAUUUGCUUACUGUAGGAGUUCUUCCAGUCUCAAGUACCACCUAAAAGCAAAGCAUCCCGUAGCUAGUGCGGAGGAAGAUGCCGGGCCAAGCACUGAUGUAGCGCCGGGGAAGAGUCGUCGUCAAACUACUAUGCUUGAGUGCAACCGAGGCAAGCCCGUCAGCACAGCUCUAUCAGCAAAGCUAACUAAUCUCCUCGCUCAGUGGAUUGCCACCAGCUGCCGGCCCAUCAGUGUGGUUGAAGAUGAUUGGCUCGAGUUUGUUCUCCAGACGGCCACAGGUGACUCUUCUUACAAACUACCCGCGAGGCGAACUAUCAUGAGGAGAAUACAUGACCAGCACGCCACAGAGAAAGCCGCAAAAGAUAAGAAGAUGUUAGAGGCGAGUUGUGUGGCGCUGACUGGGGACCACUGGACCUCUGUCAACAACGAUAACUACCUCGGCGUUACUGUACACUUCAUCGAUGCCAGCUGGGAGCUUCACUCCUUCGCUUUAGGUACAUCACUGAGCUCCUUGGUGGGAAUAAGUAUGUAUCCUGCUCUGUGGUUCUACCUGCCCUGUGCCACCUCCAGCAUGUGA